UCACCCGGGUCCAGACCAGCAGUGGGCCUCGUCCGGUUGGUCCCACCCACAUCUACCAGCCCAGCUCCCAGAUGAUGAUGAUCCCUGGUCAGCAGCUGUCCUUUGCUGGCUCCCCCCCAGGGCUACUUCAUCCCCCCUGGACAGUAUCGGGCUCCCUACAUGCCACCAAGUCCACAGUACCCUGUGACAAGUGGGACAGCAGGCUUCUACCCAGGCACCAGCCCGGCUGAAUACCCCACCUAUGAGCCCUCUCUGGCUGUGAGGGAGAGGAGAGGGGGCGGGCGAGAGAAUGGGCGUCUCUCUCUCCACGGUGCUCCUCUCACCUCCCAGCGCUACCCCGCAGGUGCCUACUACCCGGCCCAGCCCCAGUACAGCCACACACCCCCUGUCCAGACCGCGCCUGUCAUAAGCCCUGCCCAGCCCCAGCAGCAGGCCUUGCCCCCUCAGCCGCCGACCCAUCCACCGGCACCCAAGAGGGAGCGCGUAACGAUCAGAAUACGAGACCCCAACCAAGGGGGCCGUGAUAUCACAGAGGAGAUCAUGUCCGGGGGAAGGUCCACCUCCACCCCCCCUUCACAGUCCUCCACCACAGAGGAAGAAGGUCCUGCCCAGACCAACGGGGAAUUUACUAAACCCGUCACCAUCGUGACGAGAACAGAUGAAAACGCAGAACCCGCGGAUUGCACAGUGACGGCCGCCGAAACCCUGCCUCCAGUGUUGUCAACUCCAGAGCCUACCACUGCAGCUGUCCCACUGGAGGCCAGACAGGAAACCGAUGGCCAGGUUGCCCCGCUUACCGAACAGGUCGUCAGCGAAUCGCAUGCCCCGGUGGCGGGGAUGAGGCCCGAGGUGCCCAUCCCACAAAGGGAAGACCAGGCCCCUGCCGCCUCCCCCCUGACAGCUUCUACCUCCCCUCCCCCUGCAGAGGUACAGACUCCACCCCCUGCCACCACCAUGGCUAAGGCCAGCCACACAGUGGGCGCUGGUAUGACCCCCGCGGUGAAGGUAGUGACCCCGGAAGGUCCUUCCACACAGGUAGAGCCUCUGGCUGCACCAGCAUCUGUGGAGAAGCCUCUUGCUCAGGUAGCGGAGGAAGUAGUAGUGGUGGAGGAGAAGGUAGGAAUGGUCAAGAAGGAGCCGGCAGUUACCAUCAAACCAGAGGUAGUAGUGGCUGUUGUGGUCAUUAAAGAAGACACUAAACCCGCUCCACGACCUGUGACCGCCAUGGCAACGGGCGAAGAUUUCGUUCCGUCCUUGAAGUUGGUGGCGGCUGUGGAAGCGGCCACUAAAACUGAGAGCGUGGUGUUGCCGCCAGCGCCUAAACAGAAAGCCAUGACCGAGCCCAUUUCUGCCCCUGCUCAUGCCGCCACUCCCUCUGUCCCGGAGGCGGAGCCUGCUGUGGCCCAAAAGAAGGUGGAGCAGCUGCCCCUGUCCAACGGCCUCCCCCUUGAGGACCCCGAUGAGGUAGAUGCCCCCGUUGCUGCAAUAGAGCGCAUUGCAACUGUAAUCACAGAGCCUGCCGCUCCCCCACCUCAGGAAACUGCUAACCCUGCAGCUGCUGCCGUGGAGGAGGAGGAGGAGCGGAAAGAGGAGGAGCAGAAAGAGGAGGAUGCAUCCCCAGUGCCCUUGUCCAGCAGCCCUUCAGAGGACUCGUCUAUGCAAGCUGCUGUGUCUGUGCCAAAGAAGAAGAGGAACAUGAAGGAGCUGAACAAGAAGGAAGCCAUCGGAGACAUGCUGGAUGCCUUCAAAGAGGAGGAGGCGGCGGCACCUGCCACAGAGCCGUCGUCUUCACCGCCGGAUCCCAGCCCUGUGGCCCCGACCUACUUGCCGCCCGCUGACGCGCCAGACGAGACGUGGGAAGAGAAGGAGGACAAGCAGAACGCCGACACACCCCCGCUCAAACCGGGCGACCUCAAGUAUCAGUACAAAGGAGAGCAAUGGAAGCCUAUCGACCCAGAGGAGAAGAAGAGGUACGACAGGGAGUUCCUGCUGGGUUGCCAGUUCAUUAGUGCCAGCAUGAACAAGCCUGAGGGCCUGCCUCUUAUCACAGAUGUUGUUCUAGAUAAGGCGAAUAAGACCCCCAUGCGCCCAGCGGAGCCGGGUCGCAACAUGAACGCCGGGCCAGACUUCACCCCCGCCUUCAUGGGUAACCUGGGUAGACAGUCCUCUGGGGGAGGGGGACCACGGGGCCCUGGAAGGGACCACAUGGGACCCCCCGGACCACGGCGUUCCCAGCAGGGCCAGCGCAAGGAGCCCCGCAAGAUAAUCACAAUCUCCUCAUCGUUAGGUGGCGAAGUGGAGCUCAACAAGGCGGAGAAGGCCUGGAAGCCCACAGUGAAGAAGGCUGUGACCCGGGGCCGAGGCGCCGCCCUCGAGGAUGAGGAGAGCGACGACCCCGAGCAGGCCAAGACCCAGGAGCUGUUCAAGAGGGUCCGCUCCAUCCUCAACAAGCUGACCCCUCAGAUGUUCCAGCAACUGAUGAAACAGGUCACAGAGCUGACCAUCGACACGGAGGAGCGGCUGAAGGGAGUGAUCGACCUGAUCUUUGAGAAGGCCAUCUCAGAGCCCAACUUCUCUGUGGCCUACGCAAACAUGUGCCGCUGCCUUAUGGGGUUGAAAGUGCCCACCACAGACAAGCCGGGAGUGACUGUAAACUUCCGCAAGCUGCUGCUCAACCGCUGUCAGAAAGAGUUUGAGAAGGACCAGGAUGAUGACGUCAUCUUUGAGGCCAAACAGAAGGAGAUGGAGGCUGCCAAAGAGGAGGAGAAAGCUGGUCUGAAGGCGACGCUGGAGGAGGCCAAAGACCAGGCGCGGCGGCGGUCGCUGGGCAACAUCAAGUUCAUUGGUGAGCUGUUCAAGCUGAAGAUGCUGACGGAGGCCAUCAUGCACGACUGCAUCGUCAAGCUGCUGAAGAACCACGACGAGGAAUCGCUGGAGUGCCUCUGUAGACUGCUGUCCACCAUCGGCAAGGACCUGGACUUUGAGAAAGCCAAGCCCCGUAUGGACCAGUACUUUACCCAGAUGGACAAGAUCAUCAAGGAGAAGAAGACCACAUCUAGGAUCCGCUUCAUGCUGCAGGACGUCAUCGACCUCAGACGGAGUGGCUGGGUGCCCCGGCGGGGGGAGCAGGGUCCUAAGACCAUUGACCAGAUCCACAAGGAUGCUGAGCAGGAGGAACACAUGCAGCAGGUCAAGGUUCAGCAGCAGCUCAUGUCAAGGAACGACGGAGGAGGACGAGGAGGUGGUGGAGGGGGGAAGAGACGGGAGGGGGGGGGAGACAGAGGAGGAAGGGAUCAGGCGGGCCGCGGGGGCCAGCAGGUGGGAAGGGGCAGCCAGCCCCAGGACGAGGGCUGGAACACAGUGCCCAUCUCCACCAAGAACAGACCCAUCGAUACCAGCCGGCUCAGCAAGAUCACUAAGCCUGGUGCUCUGGACUUCAGCAACCAGCUUCUUGCUCCCCAGCUCGGGGGUAAGGGCAUGUGGGGCAGCUGGGGCAAGGGCAGCAGUGGAGGCACCACAGGAGCCAAGCCUGCCACCGGAGCUGAACCAGCGGAGACUGGCCGUCCGGCCACCGGCAACCGUUUCUCUGCCUUGCAGCAGUCAGCUCCACCAGCAUCCUCCUCAGACGCUGACCGCAGGGUACCCCAGAGGUCCAGCUCCAGUCGUGACCGGGACAGGUUUGACCGCUUCGAGCGGCACGACAGCAGUCGUGACGAGCGUGGUGGCAGUCGCGACACCCGCCCCCCUAUCACUAAGCGCAGCUUCAGCCGUGAGACAGAGGAGCGUAGGGGCGAUAGUUGCACCCCUACGGAACCCCCCGUCCGGCGCGUAGCCAGCAUGACUGACGACAGAGACCGGGGAGGCAGCCGUAGCCGGGGAGGCAGCGGUAGCCGGGACAGGGCUCCCAGCAAGGAGGUUGUUGUGAAGCGUGAGACAGCCCCCACCCCUCCCCCCGAUGCUCCGACCAAACCGGCCGUGACUGAGGAGGAGCUGGAGAAGAAGUCCAGCGCCAUCAUCGAGGAGUACCUCCAUCUCAAUGACAUGAAGGAGGCACUGCAGUGUGUAGUGGAGCUGAACAGCGCCCCGCUGCUCUUUGUGUUUGUGCGGAACGGUCUGGAGAACACUCUGGAGCGCAGCGCCAUCGCCAGAGAACGCAUGGGCCUGCUGCUGCACCAGCUCAUCAAGGCUGGCACCCUGCCCACAACAGAGUACUACAAAGGGCUCCAAGAGAUCCUGGAGGUGGCUGAGGACAUGGCCAUAGACAUCCCCCACAUCUGGCAAUACCUGUCUGAGCUCAUCAACCCCAUGCUCCACGAGGGAGGCAUCCCCAUGGGACAGCUCUUCAGAGAGAUCGCCAAGCCCCUGAUUCCCCUGCGUAAGGCCGGUGUGCUGCUGGUGCACAUCCUCAACUUACUCUGUAAAGAAAUGACCCAUAAGAAGGUGGGCGGUAUGUGGAUGGAGGCGGGGCUCAACUGGAGAGACUUCCUGCCAGAGGACGAGGAUGUCAACAAGUUUGUGACUGAACAGAAAAUAGAGUUUACCCUGGGGGAGAAGUCAGACGGGACCAAUCAGAAGACAACCAUGAGUGGGGAGGAGCUUAGCAAACAGCUUGACAGACUGAUCCAGGACAAGGCUAACAACCAGCGCAUCAGAGACUGGGUCCAGGCCAACCUGGACGAACAGCAGACGUCCGCCAACCAGUUUGUGCGCUCUCUGAUGACAUCCAUUUGCCAGUCAGCCGUUAUAUGUGAGAACCCAUACAAGGUGGACGUGGAGCAGAUUACCCAGAGGGCAAAGCUGCUGCAGCGGUACCUGAGUGACGAGAAGAAGGAACUGCAGGCCCUCUAUGCCCUCCAGGCCCUCAUGGUGCACAUGGAGCAACCGGCCAAUCUGCUGCGGAUGUUCUUUGACACGCUUUACGACGAGGACGUGAUCAAAGAGGAGGCCUUUUACAGGUGGGAGUCCAGCAAAGACCCAGCCGAGCAGACUGGAAAGGGUGUGGCCCUCAAGUCGGUCACCGCCUUCUUCACCUGGCUCCGUGAUGCCGAAGAAGAGUCCGACAAAGACUAAACGGGCCUCACUCUAAAACAACCCCUCUAUGGCCAGGGAGGGGUAUUGCAAGGGGGGCCAAGGAGGGAUUUGGACUCUGGCUCUUUAAUGUUGCGGACUGAUACCAAUCCUCAACGAGGCUAUUGAGAGCGGGACAUACAAUCACUUACUAUUUCUCUCACUCUCACUUCGUCAUUCUCUCCUUUCCCAGUUUUGUGAUGGCGAGUGUCCGCCGAAAAUGAAAUAAACCUGAAAAAUUAUUCUGCCGGAUUUUGCUUGUGUAAACGCGUGGGAUAACUACUACGGUCAUUGCGUAUAAAACCCUUUUAACUUUAUGUUCUUGAAAAACGUAAGCCACCACGCUGCUCUCUUUAUGGUUCUAGACACAAUUCUAUUAUGCAACAUACUAUAUGACACGCAAAAUGCAUAGAGACAAUGGUAGAGGUGUCAUGUAGCAUGCUUUUCCCCAGGAGUGGGGUAUCAUGCUGCACCCGUGUGAUGUCCGAUCCAACACUAUCUUGUUUAUGGAGCGUGCAGCAUGGUUUAAGUGUUUCUAUUGGUGAUUAAAUGUGGAAAGGAGAAGCAGCAGACAUGGUAUGUUGGCUGAUCAGCUGACAUCAAAUGUAUGUGGCUGACUGUAUAAAGCCGCUGAUUGGAGUUCUGAGCGAACUUUGUCUGUACCUUUUUCCCCACUUCCAGUUUACCGCUGUACUAGGACCUGUGUGAGGACAGAAACACAAUGGAGGACUGAUUGUGACCUUUGACCAUUAGCCUCUGACCAUGGCUACUGAGGGGAGGGAGAGGGGGGUCUUCUGUAUGCUUCCUUAAACCCAUCCUUUCACUUCCACCCCCAGUAGUCAAUCCUGACUGAGAUUCUUCAUCUUUUACCUUUCUUGUACUUACAUGAUGAACUGUUGGGUGCUUUCUCUCUCGAGACCCCUGUCAUAUCGGUAAAGAAACACCUAACUAGAGGAAACUUAAUGACAAGGUCACCAUUUAAAACUUGAAACCUACAGAAAUCAACUUGAUGAAAAACAGAAAUGAUCCGAAAGCCUUUUCUACUCUGAGUAGAAUCACAUUUCAGGAGCGUUCUGUACAUAUAUAUAUAUAUAUUACACUUUUUUUUUGUUUUAUUUUUCAGAAAUAAUAAAAAAUAAAUUGCUGAUGUACUGUAAACUUUAAAAUGCCAUGUAUCUUUUUCCAACAGAAAUGGCAGGUUGACGAGAUGCAGAAAGGGGUGCUUUAGGUGUUCCAUUCAUUAGUUUUAUUGGAAUUUUGUAAAUAUUUUAUUAUUUAAGGAAUAACUGCUUUUUUUGCAUCGGAAACUGGAAAAGAUGAGGAAACAGAGCAUUGCAAAUAAAAUACCUGAGUGGCGUUUGUAGCAGAAAUAGUG